GUUUGGCUUUCCCGAUUCCGCCGCCUCCCACAAUCCCCUCCAAUCCGAUCCGAUGUGAUCGCCACCUUCAGUCGACGGAAAUCCACACCUCCUUUCUGUCGAUCUGAUUCAUCUGUUCCGUUCCCUCUCCAGUUCGAGGUGGUCAUGUGGUAAAUAAUAAAGAAUCAAAGUAAAGUGUGGUAUAUUAUAAAAUUCCCCCCAGUUCGAAUUUCCAUGGCGCAGUUGUUAGAAGAAGGUGCCGCGAUCUGCUCAGGCGGAGAGGGCGGCGACGACGCCAGGCCCCUGAAGCCGCUUUGGAUGCGUCCGGCCAACCACCCCACCGCCGACGACUCGGUCUCCCCUCGUCCUGAGACGGUGGUCCUCGACACCAUGGCCUACAUCGACGACGAAGCAAACGGCACCACCGCCUACGGAACAAGGAGCGACGAGAAGAGCAAGAUCCAGGUGACCUUCUGGAUCGCUCAGCCACCGCGCGUUUCCUAUUUCACAGUCCACUGCCCUGGCCUCAAACCUGAUGCGUUCCCCAAAUUGCCCCGUGUCGUCGCCACGGAGGACGGCCUCGCCCUCCUCCGCGUCACUGUCUUCCCGGAGCACAACCUUGAAGAAGGCCGCGUUAACGAAUUUUUCAUCUACCGUGCCGGCACCGACAACAAGCAGCCAACCCUCCAGCUGCUCCCUAACCCUGAUCCUCGCUACUACGCUGACAACGAAGUUGGCAUCCUGAACCUCCCGGCAGAUGAUAGGUUCUUCGUCGUCGUGCUCAACCGAGAUCCCUUCACAACCCCUGUGACAGGCCAUAUACACAUGUUCGACUCGGAGACCUGGAAAUGGGACACCAAGCCCGUCAGUCCACCAGAAAGCUACUGCUACAAAAUUACAGACAAGGUGUUCAAGAUCGGAGGAAGAUAUGGUGGCUCAAUGGGCUGGAUUGACUUCUGGAAUGGUAUCUUCAUAUAUGAUGUUAUCCUUGGUGGCAACACGAUCAGUUACAAAGCAUUGCCAUCGGUGGGGCUCCCUUCUCUUAAAGGCUUGGGUUCCACUGUUCGAGACAUUGUCAUGGUCAAUGGCUUCAUCAAGUACUUCUGUAUGUUCAGCCCAGGCGAUGACACCACCAACGUCAGUGGAGAUUGGGCUGCUUAUGCAUGGAGGAUGAAGUAUCCUCUGCAGGAUUGGCAGCAGGACUGCCACUUCAAUGCUUCUCAGAUCAUGGGCAACCAGAAGCAUUCUGGACGGCUGCAGGAUAAGCCAGAAGGUGUGGAGAAGCCAGACUUGAUGCUCCGUGCAGGUAGUCCUGUUCUUAGCCUGCAUGAUGCUGAUGUGGUUUACAUCUUGACAAAGCCUAUGUACAAUGAUGACAUGGCAUGGGUGCAUGCUGUCAACAUUAGAACUAAGACUGUACAAGGGAUUGCUGAGUUCAGUCCGGACAGAACUGUUGGUUUGAUGUUCUCAUGCACUCAAAGUAGUAUCUUCAAGCCAAAGGUUAUCGAGGUAAAUGAAGAGGACUCAUGGACCCAUGUUCCAUUGAAGAAGAAGAAUGGGGCUCCAGCAGGUGCACAGCAAGGGCUGCCCAGGCAUGAGGGGAUGCACAUUGGCAUGGGCCAGAGACGACACCAGAUGGGCACAAACAAUGGACGUGGCUCUGGCACUUUGGGUGGACGAGGUGGCAAGCCGUGGUCAAGGCCACAUAAUGGCGCGGGAAGAGGAGGGCAAGUACAGUAAGAUCGACGGUACAAGUCAUGAGUGUAAUGUCAGUUAAUUUUUCAGUACUGUAUUUUGUUGCUGUUUGGUUUGUUAAUUGGUAUUUACCUAAACUUCGUGUUGUCUUCAUCUGCUUGAGGAAGUCACUCUACUUGACCAGUAAGAACAAUAUCUGAACUGUGAGAUAUUUGGAUUG